GUUCACGAGUACUGUAGUCUGUAGGGUUCUGAGGUUCUCGCUCUCAAUAAUUUCCCCUCUCUCUCUCUCUCUCUCUCUCUCUCUCUCUCAUCCCUCUCUUCAUCAAAUUCCAACAAAUUAUGUCAUGUUUCAGGAAUCUGCAACAAACCCAUUUCUCCUUUAGCCAAAUCCUACCUCCUACCCUCAAAAAGCUAGGUUUUUUCUGACCCCAUCUCCUCUGUGUUGCAUGAUCCCUAGGUUUUUUCUAAGCUCGUCCUAAUUCCCCUCAAUUCUCCAUCAAGUUCCCUCCUUUUGCUCUUGAAUUCGAUCUCUGCUCAUGGCGUAUCCUCAUCAUCUCUUGAAUUGCCCUUUUGGGGACACGACCUUCACCAAAGUCUUCGUUGGGGGAUUGGCUUGGGAGACGAAGAGUGAAACCCUAAGGAGGCAUUUUGAACAGUAUGGAGAUAUUUUCGAGGCCGUCGUGAUCUCCGACAAGAACACGGGGAGGUCAAAGGGCUAUGGUUUUGUGACAUUUCGUGAUCCUGAGUCUGCGAGGAGGGCGUGUGCUGAUCCUAGCCCGGUUAUAGAUGGGAGACAGGCUAAUUGUAAUUUGGCGUCAUUGGGUCGGCCAAGGCCAGCAAUUCCUUAUUCACAACUGAGGCCUCCAGGUCCGUACUUUGGAAGCAUGCUUGCUCCUCGAGGGGCCUAUGUUGGAAGCUCUACUUUCCAAACUGUUCCCUAUAGCUACAAUCAGGCUGCUAUGUACUCACCAUAUCGAUACCCAGCUUAUGGACCUGAAUAUGUCUUCCCUCAGAACGUGCAAAAUUCAUACAUGGGGCAUCAAUAUUUUCAAGUGUAUACUGUUCCUUAUGGACAACUUGGGCAGCAAAUUCCUGCAGUUCAAAGUUACAGUGUGCCUGGUCAUCACUUUGUGCAGCUUGGUGGUCAGAAUAUCGAUGGAGUAACAGCUUUCACACUAGGCCUUCAAUAACAGGCCACCAUAC